GGAGUAAAGUUUGGGAACAGCCCCCUAUUUAGUGUCAGGUUGUGCUGAGACACCUCCCAUUCUCACAGAGGUUUCCCUCAGAGCUGGAGGAGCGAGAGGAGAGGAUCUCAUUCUGGACUUCACUUUCCUACCCCUGACACUGACGGACUUCACAGAUUAAUGAAUGAGCUGCUGACUGUGUGUGUAUAAACAUGAAGAUCAGGCUGUCUCUGGCUGCCGCUGCUCUCUUUACUCUAUUACUGAACUCAGUAGAGGCUCAAGUGGAGCCUCCUUCCGACUUGAAAUUUAAAAUCCUAAAUGAAAACACAGUGCAAAUGUCAUGGAGGAGGCCUGCGUCUCAGAUACAGGGCUACAGAAUACAAGUCAUAUCAGAUACAGAUGAUUCUAAAGAUUUGACUCUUCCUGCCUCGGCCACAAACACAUCAAUCACGGAUCUAACUCCAGAUGUAGACUAUUCGGUGUCAAUCAAUUCAUUUGAUGGUGCGGAAGAAAGCAUCCCUAUUCUUGGACAGUUAACAAUUCAAUCCAGCAACACAAGUGGAACAAGGAAGCCACAGUCAGAGGCUGUCAAGUGUUCAGUAAGUGCUAUCACAGAUCUGGUUUUCCUGGUGGAUGGCUCUUGGAGUGUGGGAAGAGAAAACUUUAAAUUUAUCCGGAGUUUCAUUGGGGCCAUGGCGGGAGCCUUCGACAUUGGAGAGGAUAAGACCCGAGUGGCUGUGGUACAGUACAGCUCAGAUACCAGGACAGAGUUCAACAUGAACACGCAUUACAGACGGCCUGAUGUCCUACGAGCCAUUAAAAAUCUGCCCUACAAGGGUGGUAAUACCAUGACAGGUGAUGCUAUGGACUAUCUGGAGAAAAACACUUUUAUUGAGGCGGCUGGAGCCAGGAAAGGCUUCCCAAAAGUGGCCAUGAUCAUCACGGAUGGAAAGUCGCAAGACCCAGUUGGGGAGUAUGCCGAACGGCUGAGGAACAUUGGAGUAGAGAUCUUUGUCCUGGGUAUCAAAGGGGCAGAUGAGGAUGAGUUGAAGGAGAUGGCUUCCACUCCCCACAGCAAGCAUGUCUACAAUGUUCCAAACUUCGACAUGAUCAAUCAAGUGCAGAAGGAGCUCAUCACUGAGGUCUGUUCUGGUGUGGAGGAGCAGCUAAAUUCCCUUGUAAGCGGAGAGGAAGUUGUUGAACCAGCUUCGAACCUCAGAGUAACUGAUGUCUCCUCUAAAUCCAUGAGAAUUACGUGGGAUUUAUCUCCUGGUGUCAUCACAGGCUAUAAGCUGCAGGUCUUCCCUGUAAUUGUUGGUGCCAAGAAGCAGGAGAUCUAUACAGGGCCCACAUUCACCUUGGCCAAUGUCAGAGACCUGUCCCCUGAGACAGAGUAUGAUAUUAGUCUGUUUGCCCUCAAAGGUCUGACCCCUAGUAAGCCACAAGUUGUCACAGAGAAAACUCAGCCUGUGAAAGUGUCUACAGAGUGUUCCCUAGAGGUUGAUGUCCAAGCUGACAUUGUCCUCCUGGUGGAUGGCUCGUACAGUAUAGGACUGGCUAACUUUGCUAAAGUCAGAGCCUUCCUCGAAGUGCUCGUCAAUUCUUUUGACAUCGGACCCAACAAAGUGCAAAUCAGCUUGGUUCAGUACAGUAGGGAUCCUCAGACUGAGUUUGCCUUGAACAAGCACCAUGACAUUGCAGCUGUGGUCAAGGCGGUCCGCACCUUCCCCUACCGUGGAGGCUCCACCAACACUGGCAAGGCCAUGACCUACGUGAGGGAAAAGAUCUUCAUUUCAGGCCGUGGUGCUCGUGAUAACGUGCCGCGAGUCAUGGUGCUCAUCACGGACGGCAAGUCCUCGGAUUCUUUCAAAGACCCUGCCAACAAACUAAAGGAUACAGACGUUGAGAUUUUUGCUGUGGGAGUCAAGGACGCCGUGCGCUCCGAGCUGGAGGCUAUUGCCAAUGCUCCUGCUGAUAACCAUGUGUUUGAGGUAGAAGACUUUGAUGCUUUUGAGCGAAUCUCCAAGGAACUGACCACAUCCAUCUGCCUAAGAAUUGAGCAGGAGCUCCAUAACAUCAAGAAAAGAAGUUUGCUUCCACCAAAGUCGCUAAGCUUUUCUGAGGUGACCUCAAGGAGCUUCAGGACCUCAUGGAUUUCAGAGGGAGAGGAUGUCCUGUCUUUUAUGGUGCGAUUCAGGCCAGCGGCUGACAUAACUGGAGACUACAUCUCUUUGGUGGUUUCUCAUGAUACCGCCAGUACAGUUUUGCCCAAUCUCACGCCCUUGACCACCUAUGAAGUUAAUGUCAUUGCCCAGUAUGAUAAAGGAGACAGCUUUCCUUUGACAGGCGAGGAGACGACUUUAGAAGAGAUUGGCCCUGUCCGUAACCUCAUGGUGAGCGAGGAGGCUGUGGAAAGCUUCCGAGUGUCGUGGAAAGCUGCUCCAGGAUCAGUGCUGAGGUACAGACUGUCCUAUGAGCCUGUGAGUGGAGGAGAUAAACUGGAAGCAGAAACCGAUGGGAGUCAGGUCACCACUGUGCUUCAAAAACUGCUCCCCGUCACCACCUACCGUGUAACAGUGUAUCCUGAGUAUGCAAGUGGAAUGGGUCCCUCACUGGACACUGAGGGCACCACCAAAGAAGUUCGGGGCUCUCCGCGUGACUUGAGGGUCUUCAACGAGACUGUGUCCAGCAUGAAGGUUUCAUGGCGGGCUGCUCCAGGCAAUGUGCUUCAAUAUAAUGUGGCCUACAAACCUGAUGGUGGGGAAAGGAAAGAAAUAUUUGUUAAAGGAGACACAACAACUGCUUUGCUGAAGAAUCUUCUCCCAGACACAGAGUAUGAGCUGUUUGUUAGUGCCCGCUAUACCUCUGGCCUCGGAGCUCCACUAAUGGGAACUGGCACCACCCUUGAAGAACUUGGUUCACCUUCAAAUCUGGUUACUUCAGAUGUCACCGAGAGCAGUUUUGUAGCAUCCUGGACUGCCGCCCCUGGCAACGUCCGUCUUUAUCGGGUCACCUGGAAAUCCCUGUUUUCGGAGGAAGCUGGGGAGAAAACCGUCCCCGGGGACAUGAUCACCACUGUUCUGGAUGGUCUUACACCGGAGACCCGCUACAAGGUUUCUGUCUAUGCUGCCUACAGCCGUAAGGAGGGGCAGCCACUGCAUGGAGAGGAGACCACAGAUGUGUCGGCCGCUGCCAGAGUUCUUACGGUGUCAGAAGAAACCGAGAGAUCCUUGCGGGUGUCAUGGAAACCAGCACCCGGCAAUGUUGUCAAUUAUAGGGUGACGUAUAAACCUCAGGGUGAUACACGUCAGUUGGCUUCCAAAGCACCAGGAGGCACCGACACUUUAGUCUUGAGGCGCCUGCAACCCCAGACCACUUACGAUAUCACUGUGGUUCCCGUCUACAAGUUUGGUGAUGGAAGACAAAGACAAGGAGAAGGAACCACAUUGUCUCCAUAUAAAGCUCCCAGAAACCUGCAAACUUCAGAGCCCACUAAAACCAGUUUCAGGGUGACCUGGGAUCAUGCUCCUGGGGAUGUGAAGGGCUACAAGGUCACCUUCCAUCCCACUGGGGAGGAUGUGGACCUGGGAGAGUUGCUUGUAGGCCCCUAUGACAACACAGUGGUUCUGGAGGAGCUAAGGGCCGGCACCAAGUAUACAGUGAGUGUGUUUGGUAUGUUUGAUGGAGGAGAGAGUAUGCCAUUGGCUGGAGAGGAGAAGACCACCCUCUCUGACGCCCCUGCACCUCCAACCAUUCAAACUCCAGAUGUAACGUGCAAAACCACUGCCCAGGCCGAUAUCGUCCUGCUUGUUGAUGGAUCUUGGAGCAUCGGUCGUCUAAACUUCAAGACCAUAAGGGCUUUCAUUGGUCGCAUGGUGGGUGUUUUUGACAUCGGAGCGGAUCGUGUCCAGAUUGGUCUGGCACAGUACAGUGGAGACCCGAAGACAAUGUGGCAUCUAAAUGCUCACGGAACCAGACAGGAACUGCUGGAUGCCGUGGCCAAUCUACCCUACAAAGGAGGAAACACUCUGACUGGCCUUGCUUUAAACUACAUCCUUCAGAACAAUUUCAAACCUAACGUUGGGAUGCGUCCAAACUCCCGGAAGAUCGGUGUUCUGGUUACUGAUGGCAAGUCACAGGAUGACAUCUUGGUCAACUCCCAGAACCUCCGGGACCAGGGGAUUGAACUAUAUGCCAUUGGUGUAAAGAACGCAGAUGAGAACGAGCUGAGGGCCAUCGCUUCUGAUCCCGAUGACAUCCACAUGUACAACGUUGCUGACUUCUCCUUCCUUCUGGACAUCGUGGACGACCUGACGAACAACCUGUGUAACAGUGUCAAGGGUCCAGGAGGAGGCCCGGAGCCACCCACCGAUCUGACGACCUCUGAAGUGACCCAUUACUCGUUCCGUGCCUCCUGGGUCGGCCCUGAUGGACCUGUGGAGAAGUACAGAAUAGAGUAUGCGAGCCCAUCAGGAGGAGAACCACAACAGUUGUUUGUCGACGGGACGGUGACGACUGCGGUCUUGGAGAGUCUUACCCCAAUGACGGAGUACAUGGUGAAGGUUUACUCAGUGGUGGGAGAGGAGAGCAGUGACCCCCUCAAAGGCACAGAGACCACAUUGCCUCUUCCUCUAUCCGGUGAGUUGAGGAUUACAGAUGUUACCCACAGCACAAUGCAACUGGACUGGGAUGCUUCGCCCGGCGCCGUUCGUAAAUACAUCAUCACUUACAAGCCAGAUGAGGGAGAGGCGAAGGAGCUUGAAGUUGACGGGGAUGUUACGUCUAGAGGACUGGAUAAUCUCAUUUCCCAAACAGAAUAUGAUGUGGCUGUGACUCCGAUUUAUGAUUCUGGGACCGGAAACCCAAUGCUUAACACAGCCAUUACAGAUGUUGUUCCUGCUCCGAAGAACUUGAGGUUCUCUCAAGUGACCCAGACCAGUUUCAGGGCUCACUGGGAGCACGGCGCUCCUGAUGUGGCGCUCUACCGCAUCGGCUGGACCAAGAGCGGAGAGGGCAACUUUCAAUAUGAUAUCCUGAGCAAUGAGGACACCACUUCCGUUCUGGAGAACCUGGAGCCGGACACUCUCUAUGACGUUUCUGUUACUGCCAUUUACCCCGAUGAGUCUGAGAGCGAAGAUCUUUUUGGCAGGCAACGCACAUUGUCCAAACUCGUUACACCCGCUCCUAGUGGACCUCCUCAAAACCUCCAGGUGUUCAACGCAACCACCACCUCCCUCACCGCCAAGUGGGAUCACGCUCCUGGACGAGUCCAAAACUACAAGAUCACCUACGUGCCGGUUGCAGGAAGAAAAUCACUAUCUACACAAAUUGGAGGAAAGAAAAACACAGUUAUCCUGCAGAAACUGACUCCAGAUACUCCCUACUCCAUCACUGUUGGCGCAGUCUACGCGAAUGGAGAUGUCAAGGACAUUUCUGGCCAAGGAAAGACAUUACCGCUGGGCAGUGUGAGAAACCUUCAGGUCACGGACCCCACGGUCAGCUCUCUGAAUGUACGCUGGGAGCCGGCUGAGGGGAUCGUACGGCAAUACAGGAUUUACUACCAGCCCGUCACAGGGGGCGCAGAAGACAUGGCUCAAGUUCCUGGAAGCACCACCAGUACAGUUCUGAAGAACCUGCAGUCUGAUACCAAGUACACCGUAACAGUAGUGCCAGUAUACGCUCCUGGAGAGGGCAAGCGCAUGUCGGAGAAUGGAAAAACCUUGGUGCGGACCCCUGCCAAGAACAUCCAGGUUUACAACCCCACCACAAACACCCUGAACGUGCGCUGGGAGCCGGCGUCCGGAGAAGUGCUGCAGUAUCGGGUCGCCUACUCCCCCCGCUCUGGAAGCCGGCCCUCUAAAUCUGUCCUUGUUCCAGGGAACACCGUCACUGCCCUGCUGGAGCAGCUGGAUUCAGACACACCGUACUCUGUGAGCGUGGUGGCCCUGUAUGCUGACGGAGAGGGCUCCUCUGUGUCUGAUAAUGGGAAAACACUGGCCCGGAGCGGCCCCAGGAACCUGCGUGUGUAUGACCCGACCACCAGCACGCUGUCCGUGAGCUGGGAGCACGCAGAAGGACCUGUGCUUCAGUACCGCAUCGGCUACGCACCCACCACUGGAGAUCCCAUUGAGGAAUUUACAAGCGUGCCUGGCAACAGAAACUCUGUCAUCUUGCAAAACCUGCAGCCAGACACUCCUUACAACAUCAACGUAGAGGCCAUUUAUCCAGAAGGCCCCGGAGGAAGUCUCUCUGGAGAUGGAAAAACAUUGGGUCUCCUGGAGCCUCGUAACCUGCGCGUUUCAGACGAGUGGUACACUCGUUUCCGUGUGUCCUGGGAUCCUGCGCCUGCACGGGUCAACGGUUAUAAGCUGGUCUAUACACCAGCUGGCACGGAUAACACCAUGGAAGUGUUUGUUGGAGAUGUUACUACACACAACCUGCCCAACCUCCAGCCUGGCACAACAUACGACCUGAAGGUUUAUGCUCAGUAUGACUCAGGCAUGAGUGGAGCUCUGGUCGGACAGGGAACCACCUUGUAUCUCAAUGUGACCGACCUCAACACGUACAACGUUGGCUAUGACUCAUUCUGCAUCAGAUGGACUCCUCAUCGGGCGGCAACCUCUUACAGGCUGAAAGUCAAUCCUUUCAAUCCGGCUAACCGUGGAGCUCAGGAGGUCACCAUCACCGCUACCGAGAGCCAGUACUGCUUUGACGGGCUGACCCCAGACGCGCUGUACAACGCCACAGUCUACACACAGACCCCCAACCAGGAGGGGCCAGGAGUCAGUGUCAAAGAGCGCACAUUGGUGAAGCCCACCGUAGCCCCAACACUGCCCCCGACUCCUCCACCACCACCCUCCAUCCCGGGAGCACUCGAGGUGUGCAAAGGUGCCAAGGCUGAUCUGGUGUUCCUGAUCGACGGCUCGUGGAGCAUCGGAGACGAGAGCUUCGCUAAAGUCCGCCAGUUUGUCUUCAGCAUGAUUGGGGCCUUCGAUGUCAUCAGCCAUGAGGGCAUGCAGGUGUCUUUUGUGCAGUACAGCGAUGAUGCUAAAACCGAGUUCAAACUGAACACCUACCACGACAAGGGAAUGGUUCUGUCCGCCCUUCAGAUGGUCAUUUACAGAGGAGGAAACACCAAAACAGGUGCUGCGCUGAAGCAUGUUGGAGAUAAGGUGUUCAUCUCAGACAGCGGUAUGAGGAGAACCGUUCCCAAGGUCCUGGUUGUGGUAACCGAUGGACGUUCUCAAGAUGAUGUGAAGAAGAGUGCUGCUAAACUACAGCACGCAGGCUUCAGUGUGUUUGUGGUGGGUGUCGCAGACGUAGACACUGCCGAACUGAAGAACAUUGGAAGCAAGCCAAGCGACAGACACGUCUUUAUCGUUGAUGACUUUGAUGCAUUUGCUAAGAUCCAAGACAACCUCAUUACGUUCAUCUGUGAAACGGCAACAUCCACGUGUCCUUUGAUUUACCUCGAUGGAUUCACGUCACCAGGUUUCAGGAUGCUGGAGGCUUUUAACAUCACUGACAAGACGUUUGCUGGCAUGAGCGGCGUCUCAAUGGAAACCGGCUCCUUCAACAGUUACAUUGCAUACAGACUCCAUAAGGACGCAUUCAUUUCCCAGCCCACAAAGGAAAUCCAUCCAGAUGGUCUUCCUCCCUCCUACACGCUGAUUCUCCUCUUCCGUCUCCUUCCCGACACCGGCAAGGAUGCGUUUGAUAUAUGGCAGAUAUCAGAUAAGAACAACAACCCUGAGGUCGGCCUCACCGUUGACCCCUCCAGUAGAGUCAUCUCAUUCUACAAUAAGGACUCCAGAGGGGAAAUUCAGAAAGUCUCCUUUGAUAACGACCUCGUGAAGAAAGUUUUCCAUGGCAGUUUCCACAAGCUUCACAUUUCUAUUUCACCGAAAAAUGUCAAACUCAACAUCGACUGCCAAGAGGUGGCUGAGAAAGAGAUCAAAGCAGCCAACAACAUAUCCACAGAUGGCUAUGAAGUCCUCGGAAAAAUGGCAAAGUCUGGUGGUUCAAAGAAGCAGUCAGCCACAUUCCAACUCCAGAUGUUUGAUAUUGUCUGCAGUUUGGGCUGGACAAGUCGAGACAAAUGUUGUGAUAUUCCAGCAAUGCGAGAUGAAGCCAAAUGUCCCGCUCUUCCUCACUCCUGCACAUGUGCUCAGGACAGCAUCGGUCCUCCAGGCCCAGCGGGCCCUCCGGGUGGUCCUGGUACAAAAGGCCCACGAGGUGAGAGAGGAGAGUCUGGCCCCACGGGUUCAAUGGGCCCACGUGGGGAGCAGGGUGUACCAGGUCAGAUGGGACCUCCAGGCCCACAGGGCCCUAAUGGAUUGUCUAUUCCUGGUGAACCAGGCCGGCCCGGACCUAAGGGAGACGCCGGUGACUCCGGUUUACCUGGACAGCGAGGCCCCGUUGGCGCUCCAGGUCCACUCGGCCCUGUUGGACCUUCUGGUGCAAGGGGUCCGCCAGGAAAUGAAGGCCCAUCUGGACCAAGAGGUCCAUCGGGACCAAUGGGACAACCGGGAUCACCUGGAAUGCCAGGAAUCACAGGAAAAUCCGGAAAAUCUGGAGACACUGGCCUCCCUGGAGCUGUUGGCAUGAAAGGAGAGAAGGGUGAAAGGGGAGAUACUGCGUCACAGAAUAUGAUGCGCUCAGUAGCAAGACAAGUUUGCGAACAACUAGUCAGCAGACAAAUGAGCAGAAUUGAUAAUAUGCUGAACCAGAUCCCCAGUAACUACAGGAGCAAUAGCCCCGGUCCUUCCGGUCCUCCAGGCCCACCUGGCAACCAGGGAGCCCGUGGAGAGCCAGGGCAGUCCGGACCCAACGGGUUCCCAGGAAACCAAGGUCUUCCAGGGUCUCCAGGAGAAAGAGGAUUGCCGGGAGAGAAGGGCGAACGAGGAAGUCCAGGCAUUGGCACUCGAGGACAGAGAGGAUUACCUGGACCUCCUGGGCCACCAGGGCAGUCUCAGACCGGGCCCCCUGGUCCCUCAGGCUCAGCUGGGCCCCGUGGCCCACCGGGGCGGCAGGGUGGGUCUGGAGUCAGAGGACCGCCUGGACCUCCAGGAUACUGCGACUCCUCCCAGUGUGUCGGCAUGCCUUACAACGGACAAGGUUACCCAGGCCCCUACCAGCCAGACCCUGAAACCUACGUAGUCCCCAUUCCAGCCCAGCCGUCGGAAGAUAUCGACACACAGUCGCCAGGUUUACGAAACCAGCGUGGAAAAAGAUCGCUAUCAAGACAGGAAGCUGAAAGAAUAGAAACAUAAAGGGAAAGUGUGUCUUCUGUACUGUCAAAAACUGCAUUUCAACCCUGAUCAUUUAACACAGUCAAGUGGAGAGGCGGAUAUUCAACUCUCAUUUCCUCGUGUGCUUGCCGACGGUUCCACAAUGUGUCUUUGCUUGUAACAUAACUGCAUUUUGUAUUUGUUCAGUAAUAUGUCCUAUAAACACUAUGAACUGAUUCCUUGCACAUUUGAAAGUUUGCGAAGUGUAUACGUGCAGUGCAAUCUGUUGUUGUUCUCUCUCUCUCUCUCUCUC